GCGCGGUGAAGGAUAUUUAUUGCAGUGCAGCGGCUACGUCAUCCAUCCCUUCAAAUAAACAUGUCAGCAUACGCCGUUGCCGCCGCUGCCGCCGCUUUCUUCUUCUUCGCUCUCGGGCUUCAUGCUGAGCUCGGCGUUGGAUGUUACACCUCCAUCUUUAGCUUCGGCGCCUCCGUAGUCGACACCGGCAACUCUCUCAUCCUCACCGGCAACUCUAGCCUCGCCAGCCGCCUUCCCUACGGCCAGACCUUCUUCCACCGCCCUACCGGCCGCUUUUCCGACGGAAGGCUAAUCAUCGAUUUCAUCGCUCAAGCAAUGGGUUUGCCGUUAGUGAAGCCGUAUCUCGGCGGCGGUGGAGCAGAGGACUUCAGGCACGGAGCCAACUUUGCGGUCGCCGGAGCCACUGCGCUCGAUGUCGACUAUUUCCAAUCUAGAGGGAUAGAGAAUCUAUUCUCCAACAACUCCCUGAGCGUGCAGCUUCGCUGGUUCGAGCAGCUCCUGCCUUCGCUUUGCUCCUCUGCUUCGGACUGCGACGCUUUUCUGAGCAACGCCCUGUUCUCGGUGGGGCAGAUCGGAGCCAACGACUACAACAACCCCUUUUUCGAAAACCGAAGCGCCGGCGAGAUCGCAACCUUCGUUCCCGACGUCGUCAGCGCCAUCGGCUCCGCCAUAGACAAAUUGAUCGGGCUGGGCGUGAGAACGAUGGUGGUGCCGGGAAGCUCUCCGAUGGGUUGUUUCGCCGCGUACCUGAACAAGUUCCAGGAAGAAAAGCAAGAGAGCUACGAUCCCCGAACAGGGUGUUUAAAUUGGCUCAACGACUUCGCCAUCCUCCAUAACCGCCUAUUGCUGGCGGAGUUGCAGCGGCUCCGGCGGCAGCAUCCGGAGGUGGCCAUCAUGUACGCCGACGUCUACCACGCCUCAAUGGCCAUCUACGCUUCUCCCCACGACUACGGAUUCAAGGAAACUGUUCUGGCGGCGUGCUGUGGGUUCGAUGGCGGCGACUACAAAUUCAGUGAAACGGUGCAUUGUGGCGGCGAAGGCAGCAGCGUUUGCAGCGACCCGUCGAGGCAGAUAUGUUGGGACGGGAUACACACGACGGAGGCGGCAAACCGGAUCAUCGCCGGCGGUCUUCUCGGAUCCUACACCGUCCCCCCUAUUUCAGACGCUUGUCCCGACUUAAACUGGGAGGUCGUCGGAUUCCAUGACGGCGACGGCCACACGGCAUCUGCUUAAACCGAUGAGAACUUAUCGGAAAUCGAGUGAUUGCAGAUGAUCGACGCCGGGAAGUGAUGGAAGAUAGACUGUUUUAAUGUUUUAGGAGGAAGCUUGAUAUUUAUUUAAUAAAAAAAAACUCGUUUAUAUUUGGUUCAAUAUUAAAUAUACAUUAUCUUGUCCGG